UAUAUGAAAUAUAUAUUUUUAAUUUUUUAUCAUUUUACAAUAUAAUUUUAUUUAUUAUUAAAUUCAAUAAAUUUCUAGGAAUUCAGGUGUAAUUAGGUGAUCCAUAAGAAUGGCCCCCAAAAUAAACUUAAAAAAAUUGGCAGCAGUUUUAAAAAAAUAUAAAUGUGAUCCAUGUUUUUGGAAAAAUAUUAAUAUUGGUGAUGAAGUUAUCUAUGCUGCUGCCAAAGCAUGUUUGAAAAAUACAUCAUCAAUUUCACGCAAAAGAAUUUCUCUUAUUUUAGUGGAAGGAAGAUGCAAUAUUUUAAAUGUUUAUAAUGGAAUCCAGGAGCAAAAAACAAAUUUCAUGGAUCAAGUAAGGUGUAUUUUAUUGAAUCAAAUUGUAAAUGUUACAGAUGUGAAUUCAGACAUUAUUCUAAAAGUUUGUAAGAAAUUAGGUUUUAAUUUUAAUAAAAAGUCCAAGAUUCAGAAAACUUUGAUCAUAGAAAAAGUAAGGUUAAGUAUAUCUAGAAUUAUUAAUGAAUUUAAAACUACUGGAUUGAAAAAUAAUAUUGCAAAUAAUGCAACUGAAAUAAAAGAAUUAAAUAAAAAUGAAUUGGUGGAAAAAUGUGUGAUUGAAAAUUCUAAUAUUCAAGAGCAUGACAAUUUGCUUAAUAAUGAUGAUAAUCUGGAUGUGAUGUCUGUGACAAAUAUGAGUCAUGAUGAAUUUAUUGAUACUAAUAUGGAAGAAAUAAACUGUUGUAUUGAAAGUAACUUAAGUAUUAAACUUUUGCAAAAUAAUGCCGUGAUUGAUGAUUCAUCUAAAAAUGUUAUGAAUAAUGAAGAGUAUUAUGUAUUAAAUACACCAGACUAUGAAUAUGUUGAUGAAAAUUGUAUUCGAGUUGUUGAGGAACCUGAAAUUACCGUAAUACCUUCAUCUGAGAAAAUACUAACCUAAUCGCAUACAACAAUGAGUAAUGCAUUUAUUACACCUCCUAAAAAAAUAUUUAACAUGGACAGUUGUCCAACAAGCCAAUUGUGGAAUAACGAGAAAUGCAUUGCAGCAUCAAAUAUCAAUACUAAAGACUUUUUUGUCACACCUUCAAGAAAGAAUAUAUUAAGCAAGGACAGAUGUCAAAAAAGGUUAUUUUGCGAUGAUGAGGCUAUUAGCCGUCCGGAAAUGAUAAGUUUGCUGAGAAAUAAAGGUGAACUAAGAGGACUAGAUAUAAGUCCAGUCAAAAGUCCUUUGAAAAGAUUAAGGGAAAGAAAUUUGAACAUAUGUCAAGAAUUUGGUCUCCCCAAAGGUACAAUAAAUGUAUCGCCCAAGUCUUUAAGAAGUAAAUAUGAAGCGUGCAAUUUUAAAGAAGGAGUUUUUUUCAUACCACCAGAAGAAUGGAAACAAAUUUAUAAAAAUGGUAAACUAGAUAUCAAAACCUAUCCAAUGGUAUUUAGGAAGUACUUGGAAUCUAUUAACAAUACUUGUAUAUUGUACGUUAAGAAAAAGUUCAAUGCCAAUAAGAAAGGUGAAAUAAAGAUUAAUGUAUAUUGUAAGAUGCCAGAUUGUAAAGUAAUGAGGCUUUUUGUGACGCCUAGUAAUGGUGGUGUAGAAGUUGUUGUAUGGAGUUCUAGUCGAAAUUUCAGUCACUCUCCAAAGGAUCGCAUGACUUGUCAGAUAAGAGGACACGAAAGGAAAAUUAUAGGUGAUAAAUUAAAAAAUACAACUGCAUUUAAAUAUCAAGAUGAAUGUAUUUUGUCUGCAUCGCCCACUAAAGUUUUACGAAGUGGAAACAUGCAGUCUGUCAAAACAUUAACGACACUACGUAAAUUGAGUAGUGAACAACAAUUAAAGACAGAUUAUGAUAAACAUGAUUCAUUUGAUGGAGUCCUUAUGGCGCAGGAAGAAAAAAAUAAAUGGUUAAAUAUGAUUGUUAAUCCUUAUCCAUUUAAUGUGAAAUGGACCUCUGAUUAUCAUUUGUUGAUUUUACAAAAAUUGAGUAAAAGUGGAAAAUUUAAAACGCUUCAUAUAGAUGCUACAGGAUCUUUGGUUAGGCCACCUAAUGAAAAAAAAGAAACCAUUUAUUAUUAUGCUGCAAUUGUGCAGAUAGACAAAAUUGAAAAUAUUUAUCCAGUAACAGAAAUGAUAAGCAGUACACAUGAUAGGCUAACUAUUGAAAGUUGGCUGACUUCAUUCAAAGAAAAGUUUAUAAAUGAAGUUGGUCUUUCAUGGCCCCCUUUCAAGAAUGUUGUUACAGACUUCAGUUGGGCUUUCAUGCAUGGAAUAUCCAAAGCGUGGAAUAACAAAAAUAAUAUUUUUGAAUACCUUGAUUUGUGUCAUCAAGUUUUAACAAAAAAAAAUGUAAAAUUUCCAGACAAUGAUGUUGUAGUAAGUACAUGCAGCAACCAUUACAUAAAAAAUGUUAUAAAGCAUGCAAAAACAAUUUUUGAUGAUGAAAGCAAGGCAUAUUAUGUAUCAAAAUGUGUUGGGCUCGUAUUUGAUAUGGAUAAUUAUGAAGAGAUAAAAAAUUGGUUCAGACUAUUAAGCAGAAUACUUCUUUCCAAAAAUGUAACACCUUUAUGUAAUAGUGCUAGGGCAGAAAUGAAUUUUCUUUUUAAAGGCAAUAAAGUAUUAAAAUUGGAAGAAAUGGACCUAAAAGAUCAUGUAGUGAACCCUCUAAAUGAAAAACCAUAUUAUGCUGAGUGUAAGAAAUCUGCUUUCUAUUAUGAUUUCAAAGAAAUAUUAGAUGCUGUUUACAUAGAAAUAUCCAAUACGGUUGAUGACCAGGGAAAAAAUGACAUGUAUUCUGAGACAUAUUUGUUACAUUUUCUCAUUGAGAAUAUACCCUACAUUCCACUAUGGAGUAGAGUGAUAACAGCAAAAAUUGGCUUGGAAAAACGUCAGAGCAACGCAACUGCAGAAAGUUGGUUUAAUAUCAUUAAAAAUCAUGUUCUAGGUAACCAAAGAAAAAUGAAAUGUGGAAGGUUUAUAGAAAAAACCAGUGCACGGGUAACUGCUAUUUGGAGCCGUUGUGGAUUGAUAAUUCCUAAAAAUGUGCUUGCAAUCAGACCUAAAAAUAAUGCUAAUAAUGAUGAUGAGUUGCACCUGAAUGAUAAAGAAUUCUGGCUUAAAAAAGGUAAAAAACCUUCUAAUCUUGUUAACUUGGGAACUAUUUUAAGACCACAAAAAAGUAUGAAUACAUUCAAAAAUACUAAAAGUAUAAGUGAAAGUGAUAAAACAAAUGAAGUGUUGAAUCGAAAGUUUGUUUCUGAGGUAAGUGUGCAAAAAGAUAUUGAACCUUCAGAGGACAUUGGUAAUGCUCAUUAUAGUAAUACGGAAAUUUUAAAUGUUGAUUGUAUAAACGAAAAACUUGAUUUAGUUGAAAAAUAUAAAAAUGAUGACACUAAUAAAGAUUCUUCUGUUAUAUCCUGUGGUCAUACCGUAGUAUGGGAGUCACCUGGAGAUGAAUCACUAGUUGGGAAGUAUAAGAUGUACCGUACAAGUAAUUUAAUUAAAGAUGGAUUAUAUUAUAUGCAUGGUUAUCCAGGGUGUAAAAAUUACAUAGUUGCCAGAAUGUCUUUUGGAAAUGAGAAGGUUGAAAUAUCUUCUGAAGACUUCAAACAUUUAGAUACUAAGGGCGAAAAUAAUGAACUUUGGUUAGAAAAUAAAGAAAUUUGGUGUUUGUUACAGAUUUGUCUAAAAAGAAGUGAACGAACUUGGGUCAAACAAAAACAACAGAUGCUGGGAUGUAUGAGUCCAGAUAUAUCGUACUAUAUGAUCAAUUUGGGAAAAAGAAUUGAACCUCCGAAUGAAAAUGGUAAAAUUGAAGGUAUGGGUUGGAUUGAAUUUUCUAGAGUACUUAUUCCUUUAUUAGAAAAUAAUAGCCAUUGGACACUGAUGUUAGUAGAUUUUACUAAAAAAAAAGUAAGUUAUUUAAAUUCUUCUAGAUUAGGUCAUGAAGACUUAUCACAUAAAAUUAAUAUGAAAGUUAAAGUUUUAAAUAGUUUGAAAAAAACGCUAAUGAGUUGGAAUAGAGUACAAGUAAUUGGUAAUAUUACAGAGUGGGAGAUAAAUGAUGUGACUAUAUCCUAUCAAAAUGAUAGUUUUAAUUGUGGCGUUUUUAUGUUAUAUUUUGCAAAUCAAUUGAUGACAAAUAAAAUAAUUAUGAACAAAUUCGAUCCAAAUGAUUACAGAAAGAAAUUAUAAAAUUUGAUUUUGAGUAAUUCGGAGUGUAUGAAAAACAGUUGUCUAAUCUGUGGUGUUGAUGAAGGUAGUUUUAACGAGAAAAGCAAAAAGAUUGACAAAAGAAGUGGAGAAAUGGUACAAUGUGAGUCUUGUACUCGAUGGUUACAUAUCAAUUGUUUACCGAAAAAAGAUCCAUUGCCUGACAAUGAUAUCAAGUGGAUCUGUGGACUUUGUUCUGCAAAUAGUAUUUAAUUAUAUUGUCACAGAAUUUCUGAUUGGGAAAGAAAUCUGUGUGUGUUAGUUGUUAACUUAUUAGUGCUACAAUUUAAUCUUAUAAUUAUUUUUCGUUUUCAUCUUCACUAAAUUCCAUCGACUCAUUAAACAUCUGAUCUUUUAUGAUAGUAUAUACUAUUCCAAGACUAGUGUUAGAAAUGACUGUGUGGUGCUAUUUAAUGGUUGCUGUACAUUUCUAUUUUUUAAGUUUUGACUCUUUAGUGAAAAUUUGACAUAAAAAAAAGCAACUUAAAAUUUAAAAUGCUCAUUCGGCGAAUUUUAUAAAAUACACCCCCUUUCCAUAUAAACAUUAGUUAGACGGGCCACUGGAAAGCACUAAUUUGUUAAUAAUGAACAUGAUGUAGACUGCCCAAUAGUGAGUCUACAUUAUAUAGUGGAGUUUCUGAUCAGAAAAGAAAUCCACGCUAAAAUCUUUAGGGAAAGACGUCCUUAUUAGAUACUCGUUAUCUGAUGGGGUAACUCUGCCAAAGCUGGUCCCAAGCCCAGCCGAGAAAAGAGAAGGGAACCAUCAGAUAUAUUUUCAUAUUGUAUUUAAAUAAAUAGUUUUUACUUAAAUUAAUAAUAUUACAUUUAUAAGUUCAAUAAAUGAUUAAUAUUUUAUUAUAGAAUUAUGAAUUUUAUCUAAAUAUUAAAUAAAUUAUUAAGUUUAAAAUUAACUUAUACAAUAAACAAACUAAUUUUUUUGUAUUGAUUUAGUAAACAUGUUUGUAAAAUUUUCUAUUAGAAAAACUUAAUUUCGCAGGGUACAAGUGAUGGGUUUAUUGCCCCCUAUAAUGAUUUCUACAUCAUAUAUUAAUACAUGCCAAUGUGUAUUUGUACAUAUCGGUUUAUAGGAUUUCAAUAUUUCUGAAAUAUUGAUAGUUUCUUUGGGAGAGGGUUAUUGCA